CACACAUCUCUCUCUCUUCUCAACAUCCUCCCUCCUUUCUUCCCCGCACUGGACUCUUGUCUUUUAUACUCACAUUCAAUUCUUUUGCCACCUGUUGGAACCCAUUUUUAGGCCUGCUUUCUGUUUCUCCUUGUUACGCUUGAUUGUAUAGGUUUACUCGAUUUCACCAGGCUUUUGCCUUCUUGGUGAAUAAACGACGCUUCGCGUGAAAAUAGGUCACGCUAACUACGGUAAAACUUGAUCGGCAAUCCUUCUUCUGCUAUCUAGUUUUUGUCUACGGUUUAAUCAGCAGUUCAUCAGAAUGGAAGCAGACGAGUUGAUGGAUGAUGACCUUUUUGCCGAUUUGUACGGCGAAGACGAACCCCCAAAGACUAGCCUUCCGGCACCAGUAAAAGUGGCCAAACCCGCUUCUCCAGUAAACACCCCAGCAGCAGCAGCACCAGCUGUAGUGCCGCAGCGGGACCCUGAGGCGAGUUACUCACAGGCGCAGCAGCCUCAGGAGCCAGCUGCCCCCCAAGUCACCGCCCAAAGGGCAAUUGAUCCCAGAGCUCCUCCCCCUUCUGUGAAUGUUCAUAAUGCAUCUACAAAAAUUGAGAAUCCUUAUGCUGCCGAGGAUGAUGCGGAUAAUUACAGUGGAUGGGAUGCUGCGGCUGCCACUGGAGGUGCAGGAGCUGGUGGUCAUAGUGGACAAGGUGGACAUGGGAUUCACAGCAAUGAUGGUGGAUCUUGUGGUUAUGACGGGAUGGGUGCCGCCGGUUAUGGUGACCCACAGGCGACAGGUAGUCCAGCUAUCAAAGAGGAUGGGAAAAUGUUUAUAGGUGGAUUAAAUUGGGAAACGACUGAUGAAUCUCUCAAGGAGUACUUCAGUCAGUAUGGAGAAGUGGUUGAAUGUACCGUUAUGCGCGAUGGUCCAACUGGUCGUUCCAGAGGAUUUGGUUUCUUAACCUUCAAGGACCCCAAGACUGUCAACAUUGUAAUGGUGAAGGAGCACUAUCUGGAUGGUAAAAUUAUCGACCCUAAGCGUGCGAUUCCUCGCGACGAGCAGGAGAAGACUUCAAAAAUAUUUGUCGGUGGCGUUAGUCAGGAAGCAACUGAAACCGACUUUAGGGAGUAUUUCACACAGUUUGGGAGAGUUCUGGAUGCUACUUUAAUGAUGGACAAGGACACUGGUAGGCCCCGUGGGUUUGGUUUCGUCACGUUUGAUAGUGAAGGUGCGGUGGAGAAUGCCUUGAAUUGCCCCACGUUGGCUAUUUUGGAUAAACCUAUCGAGGUUAAGAAAGCUCAGCCGCGUGGGAACAUCCGCGAGAGGAUGAAUGCCCAUUUCGAUGAACGUGAUGAUCGUGGUGGGUCCUUUAGGGAUCGCGGAGAUCGUCGUGAUCGAUUCGAGAACCGUGACAAUGGAAACAACGGAAAUGGCAACUACAAUGGGGGUAGCUCACAGAAUCAAAACGCCCCUGCUGGCCAGCAGAAUAUAUACAACGGGAUUUCCCCACAGAUGAUGGCUCAGUAUUAUCAGAAUUUCCAGAGAUAUAUGCAGGCUAUGCAGUCAUUCGGUCGUGGUGGUGGUGGGCCUAUGCCUGCGAUGAACCCAGCUAUCAUGCAAGCACUCGGCCGUGGAGGAGGAGCGAUGAACGCUAUGAACCCAGCAAUGCUCCAACAACUUCAACAGAUGCAGCAGCUACAACUUCAGCAGCAACUGCAGCAACAGGGCCAGCAACAGCAGGGACAACCUCAGCAAAGCCAGAUGGGCGGCGCUGGAUCCCAAGGCCCCCAAUCCCAACAGCAGGUCGGAUACGGCUCCCCGAACCAACCAGUCGGCUAUCCACACACCCAGGGUGUGCAGCAAUCUCAGCAGGUCCAAUCCUACGACCCAUCCUCUUACAACGACCAAAACACGGGAUACCGGCACCGUAACUUUCAACACCACCCCUCUCAGCGCGAUUACCAACCCCCUCAAACCCAACCUUCCUCCUGGGAAGGGAUGUAUGAUGACGUCCCGCCCCAGCAGCAGCAGCAACAGCAACAACAGCAACAAGGACGCGGUAGGAAUGAACCCUUCCAACAAUCGUGGCCAUCAAACUAUGACAACUGGGAUGAUGUUGACCAAGCAACAGGUGUCGGCCGGGCUGGCAACGGCUUUGACGGCCCACCGCCAAACGCCCCGACAGGGCCGCGUAACGCGAAGGGCUCCGGAAGUAAUUAUCGUGGUGGCGGGCGCGGCGGUGUGGCUUCGGUUCGUGGUGUCGCCGCGGGUUCUGGCGGUGUCGGUGCUGGUGGUGCGGGACCGGAUAGGCCGGGGUUUGUUGGAGGCGCGGGUGGGUAUGCGCGUGGUGGAGGAGGCUAUCACCCAUAUGCAAGAAAUACUGAAAGGUAUUGAUUGAGUAGCAUAUCGUACGGGAGGUGGCAGUGGGGGGGUUCAUUGAUUCAUUGCUUACACACUUACGCGUUUACUACUACUGUCCUGUUCUAUUCCGUCGAAGGGUACAUGCCCGAACGGCUGGAAUAAUUUGGCUUCGCUCCCCCUCUCCUACCUCCAGAGUUACAUUAGUCAGUCAUUUUUUGUACCCUUGUUAUGUGUGUAUGGGCGGUUGUCGAAAAUCUGUUCAUAAAGUUUAAAUACGCAAGGUUACUUGAUGGCUAUAAUGCUGAAAGCCGAGGGAGGUUUCUUUCAUUUAUACUAGUAACGUUAA